GCGAGUGAGGGAUCGAUCCGAAGGGAGGAGUCAUGCUAAGGAAAGCGCAGCUGGGGCUGCCGUACUCCUUCUCAACUAAAAACACACUAAAUACAGUAUCAACACUCCAGCCAUACUAUAUAUUAGCGCACAUAUAUGUUUUUAGCCCUAAGGUGCGUCGGCAGGAUCCGUGCCGUUUUUAGUGUAUGCUGAGUCCAGCUUUCCAAGCGGGAAGGUGGAGAAUAAGAGGCAAAAAGAAGGAGGAAAAAAAAACUUCUUUCGCCGAGCGGUUUCGGGACAGAUUUUAGAAGUGAACUUCGCCAGAAGAGCGCAAUCCUUUAGGCACGUUUUCGGCACGCAGGGAAAAAAAACUAUUAUUAACAAUAAAGUAAGAGAAAGAAGACGUGAACGACGAGAAGGAAAGAAAGAAGGAAGGAAGAAGCACACAAGAAAUAAUAAAGAAAAGGCUCUCCGAUCACGAGACUUUGAGGAAUGAGAAGUCGUCAUGGAAGCCCCGUCCCAGGCCAGUUCCGCAGCUGAGAAGAAGAAGAGGGUGGAGACCAUCGUGGCAACCAAGGGUUCCUCCAACCGAGGUGACAUCAGCGAGAAGGCAGUGGCCUCCAGCACGACAUCCAAUGAAGAUGAGAGUCCGGGCCCCCCCUGCCACCGGGAGCGCCGCAACGCCAUGGCGGGCGCCAAGCUGGGUGAGGAGCCAUCCACGUCCACCGAAGAGCGCCCCCCUCUGGUGAAGAAGGAAACGCACAGCUCGCUGCCCCACCUGCCCGAGCACGCACUGCCCUACCGGGGUGCCUUCUUCGCGGACCCACAGUACCUCGAGUCCCAUUACCCCCCUCCUCAGUUCUUCCCCGCCUUCCACCCGCCGGUGCCCAUCGACGACCGCCAUGCCCAGGGCCGCUACAUAUACGAGCCAUCACCCAUCCCUCCACUACACGUGCCACCUGCACUGGCUGGAAGCCCAGCGUUCUCAGACAUCUCGCUCAUCCGAAUCUCACCCCACCGGAACCCCUCAGUGGGUGCGGAGUCUCCGUUCAAUCCGCCACACCCAUACAUCAACCCCUACAUGGACUACAUUCGCACCUUGCACGGCAGUCCCUCGCUCUCAAUGAUCGCCGCACCCCGGGGACUGAGCCAAGCUGACGUGCCCCCUACUGGUCUGAGCACGGCAGAGUACUAUCAUCAGAUGGCGCUAUUGAGGAGUCAGUGCAGCUCGUACGCAGACCUCAUCCCCUCUGUGGUGUCGACGGCCGGGACAGGAGCAGGGGCCCUCCACAUGGACUACCUGGAGGGUUCCCGGUUCCCCAGCCCCAGGCUCCCGGCGAGGCCCAGCCGAAAGCGCACACUGCCCAGUUCCCCACUGUCGGACCACAGCUUCGACCUCCAGGCCGUGAUUCGCACCUCGCCCAACUCCCUGAUAAGCAGCAUCCUUAGUAGUUCCCGCUCCAGCUCUUCCACUGGUGGCUCCUAUGGCCACCUGUCGGCUGGGGCCAUAAGCCCCGCCCUGAGUUUCGCUUACCCCCCAACGCCCAUGACACUGCAGAUGCACCCGCAGCUGAUUGGACGCCAGCCUAGCAUCGUUGGCUCUGCGUUUGGCCACAGCCCCCCCCUUAUCCACCCAGCCCCCGCUUUCGCUGCCCAGCGGCCAAUCCCGGGCAUGGUGCCCCCCGGGUUAGGGUCCGUGGAGAGAAAUGCGGCCCCCACUGAUUCCUCACAGAGCAAACCCACCAGCGAGUCGGCCGUGAGCAGCACCGGAGACCCCAUGCAUCACAAGCGCUCCAGGAUCAAGCCGAACGAGGAGCCGCCCAGUCCUGGGGGGGGGAGCGUACAGGAGCAGACGGAGGGAGUGACCCUGGUGAAGGAGGAGGGUGAUAAGGAGGAGGGGAAGCAGGAGCCCGAGGUGGUCUACGAGACCAACUGCCACUGGGAGGGGUGCUGUAGGGAGUUUGAUACCCAGGAGCAGCUGGUGCAUCACAUCAACAACGACCACAUCCACGGGGAGAAGAAGGAGUUUGUGUGCCGCUGGGAGGAGUGUUCGCGGGAGCAGAAGCCCUUCAAGGCCCAGUACAUGCUGGUGGUGCACAUGCGGAGGCACACGGGCGAGAAGCCACACAAGUGCACGUUUGAAGGCUGCACCAAGGCCUAUUCACGCCUGGAGAACCUGAAGACCCAUCUGCGCUCGCACACGGGCGAGAAGCCGUACGUCUGUGAGCAUGAAGGCUGCAACAAGGCCUUCUCCAACGCCUCAGACCGGGCCAAGCACCAGAACCGCACGCACUCUAAUGAGAAACCAUAUGUCUGCAAGAUCCCGGGCUGCACCAAGCGCUACACGGACCCCAGCUCGCUACGCAAGCACGUAAAGACCGUGCAUGGGCCUGAGGCUCACGUCACUAAGAAGCAGCGUGGCGACGCGCAUCCCCGGCCCCCAGCCCAGCCCAGGGAACCCCAGCAGCCAGGCCCAGGGGGCUACCCAGAGCAGCGGGAAUACGGGCGUUCCCUCAAGCAGGAUGAGUGCCUUCAGGUCAAGUCCAUAAAAACCGAGAAGCCCAUGGCGUCUCAGUCAAGCCCUGGCGGUCAGUCUACAUGCGGCGGUGACCAGCCCCCCCUCCGCGCCCAUUCCCGCGGUCCCGUCCAGCUUGCUGUGAGCCGGGGUGGCGCCGCCGUCCAUGAGGACGGAGGAGGCGGGGCCGGGGAGGACGAGGAUGACGAGGAGGAGGAGCUGGAGGAGGAUGACGAGGCCCCCAUCGUGGACUCCACUGUGUCUGCCGGUGGCUCCCCUGCAGUGGCGCUGCAGUCCUGCCGUGCCGCUGGCCGUCCGCUGCGCUGGAUGGAGCGCGUUAAAAUGGAGAGGCUCAAGCAGGUCAAUGGCACCCUGCCCCGCGUCGUCCCGCACUCCCCCUCGCCGCCGCCCACAGGCCCGGUGCUCCCUCCCAUCAUAGGAAACGGCUUAUAUCUCGGCCGAAGUGGGGGGGCGCCCCUGCGCCCAGAGCUACCCGACGGUGAGCUGACCAUGCUGAGCCUGCUGAAGGACCGGCGUGACAGCGGGGGCAGUGCCACUAGCUCAGCCUACCUGAGCUCCAGCCGCCGCUCUUCCGGCGCGUCGCCGUGCUUCUCUAGCCGCCGCUCCAGCCAGGCCUCGCAGGGCGAGACGGGUCCUCGUCGGCGGCGCCACAACCUCAGCGCCACUGAUUCCUACGAUCCCAUCUCCACUGACGCAUCACGGCGCUCCAGCGAGGCCAGUCAGUGUGGAGGCGGAGGAAGUGGUGGGCUGUGGAGCGGCACUAGCCCUGGGGGGGGUCUGGGGGGGCUUCUCAGCCUCACCCCUGCCCAGCACUACCGCCUGAAGGCGAGGUACGCAGCUGCUACAGGUGGACCGCCCCCCACCCCUCUGCCCAGUAUGGAGAGGAUGAGCCUGAAAACCUGCGUGGCCUUGAUAGGUGACUUUCCGGAAGGAGGCCACCAUACACUGCCCCCGCUGGUGUCACCGUGCCGGCGCAGCGAUGGUGCCACCAACGGCUACGGCGGGGGGUGCGCGGGAUACGGCCGCAGAAGCUACUUCCCCCAGGAGGUCCCAGGAAAUGGAGAGCGGAGGGCCAGUGACCCUGUGCGGACUCAGCCCUUGGAGCCCUUGAGCCUGCCCCGGGUCCAGCGCUUCAAUAGCCUCAACAACGUACGUCCCCUGCCCAACCUCGGCAGCCCCCAGUUCCCAGGGAUGGGGGCUCGGAAUGCUAGCCUGCCAAGCUACACUGGCUUGGAUGGAAAUCCGCGGCAUGGUCGCCCGUCUCCGUGCCCACCCAGCAUCAGUGAGAACCAGGCGCUGGAGGCCCUAGCCAUGGAAGAAGACGUCCGGGGCCUCCACCUGAGCGAUGAGGACGUGUUCCCAGAUGACCUGGUGCAGUAUCUCAGCUCUCAAGAGCGAGUGGGAGUGUUCGAUGGCCAGGAAGGUGGCUUCAGUGACUACUCCCUGGAUCCUCAGUUUCCCGGGCACCAAAAAGUUUCUGGCCUAUCGCAGGGUUCGCCUUACCCAAGCCCAAGACAGAGGGAGACAGUAGAUGGCAGUGAUGGGAUGCCCAUCCAAUGGAAUGAGGUCAGCUCAGGGAGCACAGACAGGUCCCCAGCGAAACCGCAGCAGAGGUGUGCCUGCUGGCCACCAUCAGAGCAGCCUGCCAGCAACCAUCAGUUUAGAGUGUUCGGUAACAUGAUGGUCCAGCAGCAGCAACAACAGCCGUUAGGUGGCUCCGGCGACCAUCAAGAUGCUUAUCCUCUGCAGCAAACCGACUUCCAGGAUACAAACAGCAUUGAGAUGGGUGUACCUCUUAGACGACCUAUGAAGGCAGGUCAGGGGCAAGCGGGCAGAGUAAGCAUGAGCAAGGUGGACAUAUCUUCCAUGUCCUACCCAGAGAUGCUCAAGAAUGGCCUUCCAUAUGGCUACAUCCAGACCAAGGUUUCCCACAGCCUUUUGGGAGCCACACAGCAGGUCUGUCAAGGUCCGCAACCGUACAUCAAAGCACAAGCUGCCUUGCAGGAGAAACAUCCUGCAAGUCGGCAAGACGGCCUCUUACAAGCAACAGGGAUCAAUCUCCCCUCCCAGAUCCACUCUGCCCAUAAGCCACUAAAUGAGGAUGCAGGUUCCACCAGACAACUGCCACAGCUGCAGCACUACAGCAGCACUUUGAGUGACAGCAGUGCCGCCCUUUGCCAGCAACAGUGCAUGGUGAAUGGGAGUGGAGCAAACGGCUCGCUCUCCACCCAGGUGUCGCGGCUGAAGCUGGAGGCUCCAGAAAACCUUGAGGCAAACUCCUGUUCCAAGGUGCAGCAGCAGUCCGGCUUCCUGGAGCAAGGCCUUGAGGAUAAUCGACUGUGCUUCGACCCGGCGGAACUCAAGGUGCCACCCUUCCCCAUCCCCGAGGACCACUGUCUUCUGGAGACGAUGGCUGGUGAGCCGGCAUCUACAGGUGGCCCAGCUCUGCCCUCCCCAGGGGAGGAUCAGGUGACCAGCACAGUGGGUAGUGGAUCCGAUAUCCUGGACAACAUGCUGCUGGACUUUGAAGCCAUCCUGGAUGAUGGGUACGACCAGGACAGCCUGGUUUCCGGGUUCAUCGGCUCCGGAGUCCUGCAAAACCUCUCUCGGAACUCAUCUAGGCUCACGACGCCGCAUGCUUCCAUGGCAUUCCACGGCUUGCCCACUGGCCACAACAACAUGGCUAUCGGGGACAUGAGCUCCCUCCUGACCACACUCGCGGAGGAGAGUAAAUUCCUGGCCGUCAUGCAAUAGCUGUUCUGUCCUGUGGGCAAAUGGACAAAAGAAACAAAAAAGGACUUUUGACAUAUAAACCUAGGAACUGAGACUGAAACACAUUUUAUUUUGUACUCAUCUCAUCCCUGAGAGACAGGGAUGUAUUACACUUAUAUAUUCCUUUUCUGGAAUGAAGGCUAUUUUUGAAGCCCUUCUUUUGUAUAGUUUCAUCAUAAUGACGUUGGGGAGGGGCUUAGGUCUUCUACCCAUCCGUUUCAUUCAGUAUUCUGUGCUUUUGUUUUCUUGUAAACUGUUGGUGUAAAUGCAUGUGCUAAUCAAACUCAAAUAGAAACAUGUAAUCCACGUGCAGUGCACCCGCCAAGGGCACAAUCGACCAAGGGUGAAAACUCCAUGUGUAUCUGUCCAGAAAACUUCGGGUAAACAGGUUAAAAAAAAACGGGUUUGCUUACAUUCAACUGGGACCCCAGAGAAUGAUCUGCACUAUAUAUUCUUUAUUGGCGUUAUUGUUUACCGCGCUUCCUGUUUCGGAACGGUCGGUUUGAUUUUAUCGCGUCUUCCGAGUGAUGCCGUCUUCUAAAUGUUCAGUUUGGGAAUGAAGUCCAAGAAACACAGGACCAUUAUACACUCACCAGUUUUGCAAACGCGUCACAACAUCAAACAUUAAUGCAUGCUUUAAAGACUUUAACAGUCUGUAUAGCUAUCUACAUGUAUAUAAUGCUUUUCUACAUUCUUGGGGAAAAUCAUAUAUAUAACUACACUUUUACAUUAUAUUUUCUUUCUUGUCUUAUAAUUCUGGUUCUAACCAUCUUGAAGCGCUGAAGGCUUGCUUAAAAGACUAUUCAUGUGUGUUCACCUAAUUACAAAAAAUAAAACAGUUAAGAAAUUUGAAGAGUCAUGUACAGAUCACUCUUAAUAUAUUGCAAUUCUGCAAUAUGUUUAAAUGGGAUUUCCCUUAAGGAAACAGAAAGCAAAAAUAUAUAUAUAUAUUCAUACAUUUAUUAUGUAUGUUAAACAGCAUUUCAAUGACGGAAAAUGCAAUGACGUGUCUACACGUUGAGAUUUUGUUGAUUCCACAGUUAACCUUCUGUAAUAUUUUCAGUUCUUGACUUGUAGAGGAGUGCUGUAAAAUUGUAUGACGUUAGUUAGAAAUCAUCCAAAUUGUGUUUCUUAUGAAUACCUCCUUUGCAUUACUGUGAGUGAACACAAAACACCCAACUUAAGUACUGAGUCUUCAGAAUUUGUUUGGAUGUAGCUGUAAGGGGGUUAAAUCAAGUACUGGCAUGAAAUUCUGUUAAAAAAAAAUCAUACUUGUACUACUAUUGUAUUAUUUUUGAAGCUUUAUGUUAAUCAAAAAGAUUAGGUACUGAUUUUUUUUUGCUUUAAUUGUACUUAGAAUUCUGUGUGUUAUUUGAAAAAGUGUUCCCUGAAGAAAGGAGUGAGAUAGUUAUAAGGUAUUGUGCCUUAUUGCUGUGUACGGUGUCUGAGAGGAUAAACACUGCCAAACCUCUAAAGUGUUAAACGGUGCAAAAUUUCAAAAAUGAUAGACAACAGUAACUGUGUAAAAAAAAGCAAAUGGAUUGUCAAUCUGUUGGUAAAUUAUUGUGGUUAAAUAUGUAAAAAUACUUGCUUUUUUAGGUUUUGUUUUCGAAAGUUCUGAUUUAAAGUUAUUGCAUUUCUUGUCUUUGUUUUUUAAAUGUGUAAAUAAGUUCUGCUGUCUUUAGGUUUGGCAGAGACCUAAAGAAGUAUUGGGAAAGGGGGGGGGGGGCGAGGGGGUGGGGUGGGCAAUGACUUUUAUAGUUGGGACCCCGUGACUUUUAGUCUUAGUUCGGGCAGAAGUGACUCUGUAGCAGGAACGCAUUACACAAACAUUUACCAGCAGAACCACUUAGCUCUUUUAUAACAGACAAGAGAAUUUGUAUGAUUUUAAUAAAAAAAAAAAUUGAAGUUGUACUUGA